AAUCAUUCAAUGUGCUAACAAAAUUAGUUUAAAAAAAUCGUAUUUUAACUUGUUCUUAUCAUGCAAUUUAUGUUCCCGUGUCUCUUUAUUUGUAUCUUGUUAAUUAAGCUUUUGUACAACAACAACAACAAAAAAAAAAAAACGAAAUUUGAAAUUCAUAUAAUAAAAUAAUAUAUGAUGAGAGGUUUGACUUUAUUAUGAACUUCAAAUUUAAUGAGGCCUCUUCCUUGAACGCAAAGGAAGUUUCUUCGUUGGAAAACGCUGUCUCCAAUUCACAUCUCUCUCUCUCUUUCUAUCUCUCUCUCUACAUACUGCAUACAUACGUAUACGUAUAUUGUAUAUAUAUUAACACUAUAUCUCAUCUAUGUCUUCGAUGGUUCUAUGAUCUUUAAUUUCCAUGGCGACGACUAGAGUCUCACAUGUCUUAGGUUUUUUUCUAUGGAUCUCUCUUCUCAUCUUCGUCUCUAAAGGGUUGUUUGGCAAUUUCAGCUCCAAAUCCAUAAACUAUUUCCCUUCUCCAGUUAUUACCUUGCCGCCCUUUUCCUACCGGCCGGGAAGGAGAGUUUUGGCGGUGAAAACGUUUGACUUCACACCGUUCUUGAAAGAUAGUGGCCGGAGUAAUCAUUGGAAAGAUUUGCCGCCGGGAGGAUCCGAGAUCGAUCCGAGAUAUGGCGUUGAGAAACGGCUCGUCCCAUCUGGUCCAAACCCCUUGCACCACUGAAUUGUCUUCUUAAUUUUUGCUUUAAAUUUUCUUUAUAUUUUCAUAGAUAUAGUAAAACACGUAUAUGACUAAUAAUACUAGAAGAUUAAUUAUUCAUCAGAUGAAAGCUAAUAUUCUUUCUUGGUACGUAUAUGUCUUGGAUUUUUUUUUUAUUCUUCUUUGUCAUGUGAAGUUUUUAUUUUUCACUUUUGGUGUAAUGAUGUAAUUUACUCAUCUUUUUAUUAUUUUUCAUUUGAUGUACAUUAUAGUCUGUAAUAAUAAUAAAACAUCAUGUACGUAAGAAAAAGAAAAGAAAAGAAAAGAUCAUGUACACAUUUGUUUAAAUGCCAAAAAGAAGUUAGUGUUGUUUGUUCA